AUGGUGGAAGGUCCCGGCUGCGCCCUGCACGGGGAGAGGAUCCGGGCCCGGGUGCGCCGGGGCCAGGCGGUGCGGGGAGUGCGGGGCAGCGCGCUGCUGCCAGCCCGAUCUGGGGGCCCGGGGCUCGCUGUCUGCACCGGGAAUGCUGUGACUGGGAAAAAAACCUCCUGUCAGGAUUUCCUGAGAUUGCUGAAAGGAUGUGUGUACACUGGUGUAGAAACUUUGGGGAAGGAGCUUUUUAUGUAUUUUGGACAGAAAGCAUUGAGGGUUCACUUUGGCAUGAAUGGUUCCAUGUGUAUUAAUCCAACUACAAGCAAAGACCGAAAUGGAGCACCACCAAUUCUGGAAAUACACCUUACUGAUGAUAUGGUUUGUUUCUUUGAUGCAACAGUAGAGCUUAGGAAUGCUGCUGAAAGUGAGCAGAAAGUAAGAAUGAUGGAAGACUUAGAUGUAUGCUCUCCAAAAUUUAGUUUCUUAAGAGCAGAAAGUGAGAUUAAGCAGCAGAAAGGUCGCAUGUUAUGUGAUGUGUUGUUGGAUCAGGCAGUGUUACCUGGAGUGGGAAAUAUCAUAAAAAAUGAAGCACUCUUUGACAGUGGUCUCCAUCCAACUGUUAAAGCUUGUCAAUUGACAGAUGAACAGACACAUCACUUGGUGAAAAUGACCCGUGAUUUUACUCUUCUCUUUUAUAAGUGCCGCAAAACAGGAUCAGCACUCUACAAACAUUACAAGGUGUACAAACGCCCUAACUGUGGUCAGUGCAGUGGAAAGAUCACGGUUUGUCGUUUAGGAGAGAAUAACAGGAUGACAUACUUCUGUCCUCAGUGUCAAAAGGAUAAACCUCAGCUUGUUGAUGUUAGCAAACUGCCAACUAGAAAUAGCCUAAUUGGCUGGGCAUAUGGCAGGGGGUCAUGUUCUAAUGAACAUGUAGCUCAGAAAUCUGAAGAAGAGUGGACAUGUACUAUCUGCACUCUAAUAAACAAACCUUCUGCUAAGAUCUGUGAUGUUUGUUUGACUUCAAGGCCUGAAGUUUCAAAGGUAGAGAAUGAUAAAGAUUCUACAGCCUCUAAUAGCAGCUUAGUCAAGUACCCUUGUAACUGCUUUGGAAAGCCAAACACAGAAAUAAAGGUCAAUAGGAAAACCACAUUUGGAAUGACAACUCUAGUUUUGACAGAUCUCAGCAGUAAAGUCACUCCCUUAAAAAAUGACAGAAGUGAUAGCCAAACGCCAGAUGGAAAUUCUCACUGUGACUCUCCAAGAAACUACAACUAUUGCCAGAAUAACACCCGCCAGAGGAGUGGGAAAAAGUAUGAAUUUCAUUCAGCAAACUCACUCACUGCAGUAAAUACAGCAUCACCCUCCCACCAUCAGGCUGAUUCUUCUAAUCCAGUGAGGAAGAAACAGAAGAUUGAUCAUUCAUCCUCAGAUUUCAAAAGUAACGUGAGUUUGUCAAAUAGUGAACAUCGAGUUAACAUGACAGAUGGUAUUUGUACCUUAAAUGCGGUCAGUCCUCGCUGCAGUAAACACAACCGCCUCUGCAGUCUCAGAGUUGUGAGAAAGGAGGGAGAAAACAGGGGCAGACAAUUUUAUACUUGUCCUCUACCCAGAGGGACUCAGUGUGACUAUUUCAAAUGGGCAGACUUACAGUUUCCAUUCUGCAAUCAUGGGAAACGCUGCAUUAUGAGGACAGUAUUGAAGAUUGGGCCUAAUAAUGGAAAGAACUUUUUUGUGUGUCCCCUUGGGAAGGAUAAACAGUGUGAUUUCUUCAAGUGGACAGAAAAUGGACCAGGAAUGAAGAUUAUUCCAGGAUGUUGA